AUGGACAAGGCAAGCGACGAUAUCUCAGACAAAGAAGUCGAUGCAGACAUCGAGGAUGGGGCUCUCGACCAGAAGAGCGCCGAAGUUUCAGAAGGAUCCCCUCGAUCAACGGACGGGAACGCGUCGACCGCCCUAGCUGAGAACGGGAAAGAUAGCGACGAGCAAGUACCCGACCCGGAACCCCGUCCCGCCGAAACUGAAGCGCUCAAGAGUGAGGAAGAAAAUCGACAAGGACCGGCAUCUGCUCAAGCGUCCGCGGCUGUGGAGCCGACACCUGCGGCAGCCCCCACUGCAGCGGCGAUCUCAGCUGCAGCGGCGGCAGAAGUGGGCUCCUCGACGUCGCGGUCGAAAGAUCCUGAAGAGAGGCAGUUCGAGGAGAAUGUCAAGUACCUCUACAGAAGCCACCAGCGGGAGCCCGGCAAGCGCAGGGUCAAACCGAACCUUCAGCUUCUGGAGAUGGACUUGAACCUUCCCGAAGAAGACUCCGAGGACGAUUCCGACUACAAAGUCGAUGGCGAUGAAGAUCAAGGCGAUGACGACGAGGAAGACGAUGACGACGACGCGACCGACGACGAUGACGAGGCUGCCGCGGCGACGAAUGAAGACGGCAAAGCGAAAGAUGCUUGUGCGAACGGCGGCGAUCCCAGCGAUCGGAAGAAAAGCGAAUCCGAAGGCAUGAAUGGUCUUCUAUCCGCUGUCGAGAAGGCAAAACAACUUUCAGAGGGAGGUCUGACGAACGGCGUUUUAAAAGUGAAUGUCUGUAACAUCUGCCUGGGCGACAUGUCUGGUGAGACGGAUGAAAUCGUCGAAUGCGACAACUGCGGCGUGACCGUCCACGAGGGCUGCUACGGUGUGUCUGACGGAGAUUCUGUGCUCUCGACGGGAAGUUCCUCCUCUACUGAACCGUGGUUCUGCGACAGCUGUAAAGCUGGCGUGGAGAAACCGAAGUGUGAACUGUGUCCAAACAUGGGAGGAAUCUUCAAAGAAACGGAUGCCGGACGCUGGGUGCAUCUAGUGUGCGCCCUGUACACGCCUGGGUGCGCGUUCGGCUCAACAGAAAAACUCACACCGGUCACACUUUUCGAGAUGCAGUAUUCCAAAUGGGGAGCUAAGCCUUGUCAUCUCUGCGAGGAUCCUUUGAUGGCGAGAACAGGUGUAACGAUCAACUGCGAUGCCGGCAUGUGUCGAAUCAGUUUCCAUGUCACAUGCGCGCAACGUCAAGGAUUGCUCUCUGAUGCUAACCCGGAAUACAUCGCGGAUCCGUUUUAUGCUCAUUGCAAAGUACACGUAGAUAAGAUGAAGAUGAGAACUAAGAAACGGAACUGGGCCCUCAUCCAGUAUCAGGUCCGGAUGAAGCGAGAAAAGGAACAACGAGAGGAACUCGAAGGCCAACAACCGCCCAAGGAAAAAGAGAGAAUACUCAGAAAGCUCAAUUGGCUGAGGGAGAGGUACGCUAUCAAGAAAGAGAAUAAUACGAAAGUUUGGCUACCGACGCAGAAAAUGCCACGCUUCAUGCCCUCAUCGGCGACUGCUAUUGAAAAAUACCGGAAAAAAGCAGAGCUCUACGGUUUAACUCAUCUGCUCGUGGCACCUCCGGAAGAUCGUAGGUGGCACACGCAAGUAUCAUUCUCAGUCGAUUUCGUCUCCUACUUCCUCGACCGACAACGCCGGAUAAAGGAAUCUGAGAAAACUCUCGAGAAAAUGAUCGAAGAGAGUACAAUGCUCCGAAGACAGCAGGCCUUGAUGAGUGAACUCUACGAAAAAGUGUCUGGCGUUUGUAAGGCAGAGCGCGCUCACAACCGUCACAUGAUUGAAGUUCUGAAUAAACUCUGGGCGCCAUUGAGGCUGCUGGGAAUCAAAUUCGAGCCCCAGAUGCUGCGCGACCAUGCGGAACGCCAAGGCUUCACCUCCCCUCAGAAAAUGCUGAAGAGUUGCAAGGUAUGCAGUUCUGUUGAAGAACAACACCAACAAAUCGAAUGCGAACAAUGUCACGCCACAUUCCAUCUUUUCUGUUUGAACCCGCCGUUGACGAGGUUUCCGAAGAAGACGAAAGGCAUCAACUGGCUGUGUGAAGAUUGUUUGGAAGCGAACAAAACUGCUCACGAACGAAAGAAAGCCUUACCCUCGGCGCGGAGAUCCAGACAACAGUCUUCCCGCAUGGCUCGAGCAACAAGUGAGGAGAGUGUGUCUAGACCGCCGCGAGGAAAAGCUAAGAAGAAACCUGCGAGGAAAUCAGCGGCGAAAGCUAAGGAGAAAACAAGCAAGGAAGAAGCCAAAGAGGCCACCGACCCUGAAACUGAAGAUGACGCCACAGCUGCGGUCGCUCCCACCGACACGGCGACGGCGAGCUCGGAAAAUGCCGAGACAGAGACGGUUGACGAGUCUCCGACGGAGAAAGAGAAGAGUCCCGCCGAAAAAGCUCCUAGGACAUCCAAGGGCAGGAAGAGACGGAAAACCCCGGUGAAGGUCGGGGGCUCGGCAUCCAAGAAGAGGAAGUCGACGACACAGACCGCCUCAGAGGACGCUGAAUCCGCAGCAGUCGACUCGACCGAUACGAAAGAGCAAAUUGAAACCGAAAGCGAACAAGCGGAUGAUCUGAAAACUCAAAAGCAAUUGACGGACGAACCUGAAGACAUGGAUGUUCCUGUAUCCAAGGAUGAAGAAACAAAAGCUGAAAUCAAGAAGAAAGAGACCGAGGUUCACACCAAGAGCGAUAAGAAAGAUUGCAAUGCGGAAUCGUCUGGAAAGAAACACUGCGUCAAAUGCGAGAGCAGCGAUACGAAUCAAAUCGUGGUAUGCGACGAAUGCAAUCGUGGGAUCCAUUGGAGUUGCCUCGAACCACCUGUCAAGAAAAACCCGAAACCUCGCGGUUACACUUGGACCUGCGAGGAGUGCGAGAACAAAGACUCGAAAACCGAGCCAUCGCCGUCGAAGACGGAAUCUCCCGUCAGGAAAGACGAUUCGAAAGACGAACACACAGGCUGA